CUUUUAAUUGGGAGGGGAGAGAUUAUUCAUUAUUGUGCGGAGUGCGAACCGCGCUUUUAACAGUCACACAGCCGAAUAAUCUCUCCAAGCGCUGAGGCGAUUGGAGGACGAAGCUCCAAAAGUCCGAGCGUCGGACAAUGGUGGGGUGAAAAGGAAGCAACUUUGGUCGUUUGCAGAGGGUAAAGGAGCUAAUUUUCCAAUUUUUCAUUAUUUUAUUCACUUUAUGUUGUUAAUUAAAUUUGGGCCUUUCGUCGGGUUCUUAUUGCGUCAUUGAUGCAAAGUGAAUUAGGGUUUUGUGGUAGUUUUUCUUUUUUGCUGCGAUUGAAAGGAGAUUUCUUGUUUUUUACCUGAAAUUUUUGACAGUGUUGCUCCUUUUCACUUUCCCCUGACCUUCUUUCUCUUUCUCGGGUUUUUGUUUUUUGUUUUUUUUCCAGUUUUUUAGUACUUCAAGUCUAUGUUAGGUUACAUUCAAGUUGAAAUUUUUUGAGUUUUAUAAUUCUUUAUUUUGAAUCGCGAUUCUAGAGUUUCUUCAUCUUUUUUAGGUGGUUUUAUUGCUGCUGCUUCUUUUUAAGAGAUUCCAGUCCUUUCUUUUUGUUCCUUUGUUUUCUUUUUAUUUUUAUUUUCUUGGGAUAAUGGGCAAUGCAAGUAGUGCGGUGGAAGGUGGAGAAGAAGAGGGAAUUGAUGGUGAUGAUGGGCAGGAUUUGAUGGGGCAGAGCCCUCCACGAAGCCCUGGAAGAGCAGCUCAAGCACCUUUGUUGUUUACUCCUCAGAAUCCAAUGGUUCCAUUACAAAAGCCUGGUGAUUUGCUCCCUAUGAGCAAUACAUUGAUACAAAACACCUCACAAUCUGAUGACAUCAUCUAUGAACAAGGAAUUCCAGCAAUGAUAACAUGGAGUUAUGGUGGCAAAGAAGUUGCUGUUGAAGGAUCAUGGGAUAACUGGAUUACAAAGAAAGUCUUGCAAAAAUCAGGCAAGGAUUUCACCAUUAUGAAAGUGCUUCCAUCAGGUGUCUACCAGUUCAGAUUUUCUGUUGACGGUGAAAGCCGAUAUUCUCCUGACAUGCCAUGGGUGCACGAUGAAUUUGGAAAUGCCUUUAACAUCUUAGACUUGCAGGUGAAUAUCUCUUUUACAGAUAUUUAACUGAAGAACUUGUCA